UACAUCGUCUUUGAUCACCUCGGGGCGCUCUCGUGUAAGUCGUAAACAAAGGGUCAAGUAUCAAGGUUAUUGAAUGGUGUCUUCAUAAGGCAACACUCGCUCACCAUCAUAGAUGAAAGGCACACUAUAUAGCAUCAGUCAAACCUGUGUUAGCGGCAAUCUCUGUAGAAGGCACACCUAUCUACGAAGCAGACGUUUGACACUUCUCUCGAAUGGCAGUUAUACAAAGAAACCACUUCUCGAUCAAAUGAACUCCUGUCUGUGAAAGACGUUUUUGGUGUCGCCUCUGGGUGACCCAUAUAUACAGGGUUGGGUGUACGUACAUCUGCGAGCCUAGCCAAGAAAUUCGUCUGAAGAGAUAUGAAUCUAGAAAUCGUUUCGAAUAAGUGUGCCUUGUCGUUGUAUCCUCGCAGUGUUAAAAAAGUUAAAUGCAUUCCCGUGUCUAUUUGGCUCAUAGGGCGAUGCCUAUCUCCGUUUCCUCAACCCGAGGCCACGCACUUAGUUCACUGUUAGCACUACUCCUCACAGUGUACCCACUAUAUAAUCAGGCGGCCCUCUAGAUUGCUGUCUAGCUGACUAUAAGUAUAAGUUGUUGUAGGUGCAGCUUCUGUAAACAGCUACUCUCUACUAAGCUCGCACGAAAUCAACCAUGACGACUAGAUUUGGCCAUUUGCCGUGUUGUUGAUUGGCGAUUGGCCAUUGUUCGAGUUUAAACUUCGAGUGGUGUUGCUAAACUGUUCAUGUUUACAAUUUGGUUGUGGUGGUAAAGUGAGGUUUGUGUCGAAUAAGCUAGCGACAGAGCUAAUAGUAGCACAAACACUAACACAACCACGAAUAACUAUGAGGUGUGUUGCUGAUGUAUCAACGUUCGUCAAGCUUCCGUGAUCGUAUACCAACAAGGAUACAAUUUCUAUGAUUUACUGCGUUUCCACGGACGAGCUUCUGUAGUGUAUAGAGAGACUAUAGACCAUCAAGGAUGAUCACGGAUGCAGGAUGCAGGAUGUUCGGCUUUGCCAUUGUCAUUGGCAUCAUCGGCAUAUCGAGAGACAAGGCUGUGAUGAUGCUGGAAGCUGACGUCAUCUUGCGUGAAGGCAGCUUCAUUCCCGUCAUGGCUCAUUCGCCUGCUGUCGAUAGCAACCUGACGCUAGAGGAGUGGCUGCUUCGUACGGUAGUCGCCGACAAGGGCAUGAAGAUCGAUUUCAGGCUGAUUGGAGCCCUAGAUCCGGCCAUGGACGUACUGGUGGAGAUGGACAAAGACCUUCACGCCCCCUUGUGGAUAAACGCCGAUAUAGUCUCCGGACCCAACUACCCUCUUCCCCCGGUCGAUCCUGUUCGUUUCCUCGAGACAACCGUGCGUAGGUUUCCGCGCUCUGUACUGUCACUAGGCUGGACGACCUGGUGGGUCCCGGAUGGUUGCGUGGUCACACAGUCGAAUCGGUACACCUGGAAGAUGAUGCUGGACAUGGUGCAGCUUUGCUGCAGUCUACAGCAGCCCAUUACCUUCCCCGUCAGAGCCGUGUGGGCACACACGUCCUACGAUAAGUGGCUAUGGUUGACUCAGCUACGCCCUGACUUUACUCUCACCGUCUGGCACGGUGCCAGAGAUCCCAUCAACAUUACCGGACUCGUCAGCCUCCGUCGCCAUGGCGACCCACGACGCAUCUUUUAUGACUUCCCAGUCGGUCUGAAGCAACAGUUUCUGGAUGCGUUAGAGGAAGGGAACGUUUCGCCGGGAGCAGGUGGGCUUCCUUACACGUGGAACGCCACCUACUGGCAGGUUAUCCCUGCGGAGUCCUCCCAGAUCUUCAUGACAGAUAUGAACGUCGUGCUAGCUGGUGCCGGGCCGGACUGGGCGUUGCUAAGCUAUGGGGGACCACUCGACCGCGCAGCGCGCGUCACUGGCCGCGCGCAGUUCAUCAGCAACCGCCUCCCCGGUAACCCCGGCGACGAGGUGGAACGAAGCUACGUUGCCGUGACGAUGGUCGUCGGCAACAGAACGCUCGUCGUCGGCUUCAAUGACAAGGGUUUCGUCGAGAUACGGACAGAGGGCGCCGGCGGGGAGGCGACGGUCGUCGCCUCGCGCCAGGACGUCGCGUUAACAAGUGACUGCAUCAGCUUCGAGGUCGCGAUCGCCGGGAAACAAGUGACCGCCACCUCCACGGUCGUGCACUGCCGCGACUCAGCGGGCGACCCCGCCAACGCCGAUGCGUCUGCUAGCGUGACGUCGCGGUUGGGCGGGGAUGCGGUUGCUAAGCGGGGCGGGGAUGCGGUUGCUAAGCGGGGCGGGGAUGCGGUUGCUAAGCUGAGCGUGAGGAAGGCGGACGCUUGGCACGAUGUGCUCAUAGAGGACUUGACGAUUUCACGGAGCGCUGCCGGCAGCUUCCUUCCCGUUCCCGUGAUAACGUACGUGUUAAUCGUGGUCAUCGGCGGUGGUUCAGCUGCGUGAAAAGGUCGCCAUUAUUGUGGUUGCGUAACAGCAUAUAUGCCGAGUCUGAGCUUGGUUCGCUCUGUUAAACUUCCAGAUGGAAAUUUGACAAGUUGAGCAAGUUUAUCAACUCUUCGGCUAUAAUUUAGUAGCUAAAUCGUUAAAGUUUAGUGAUUUCUCAGCUCCGUUUCCCGUUAACGUUUAGCUGUGUUCGAAUACAUUUUCUAUAUAUCUACAUUACGUUUCCAUUAUAUACAUUGAAACGAAAUACUUUUACAACGAAAAACACAAGGGUGGCUUUAAAGUUAGUGGGUGUGUUCUAUAUAUACAUACAUCGAGCAGGGAAUUGUCACGUUUAACACUUUAAUCUAAUAAUAUAUGUUACUGUACAGCAUAGUGUAAAGUUGUGCGAUGUUGCACAUGAAAACGGGUAACGACCAGCGAUGGUCUGAAUUUCUGAAAUAAAGUGAUUGCUA